CGCAACUUCCAAACGACCCCUUAAAUUCGAAAUUGAGAGAACUGCAACCCUUCUUAACAACUGGCAGCUCCAUCCAUCACUAGUUGGUGGAGUGGUCGAUCAUGCCGUCAUGACGUGGCACAACUAAGGCAGAACUAGGUUUUGUGCUUGUCCGGUUGCAUUUUUUCAACUAUAAGAGCCGUACGUCUCCAUGAGCAAAAGUGUGAGAGCCCAUUAUACCACCUUCAUUAUCACUCACCUUAUCAAUUAUAUAUAUAUAUGGUGGCGUAAUUCGACGCACCCACUUUUUUGGAUGCACCCAGUGCACCCGCCUCAUAAUCAUUAUUCUCAGCAUGUGAUUCAUGUCAAAACGGUAUCAAUUGUUGUUUAUGAUAUUAUGAAUAAGAAGCACAUGAAUUUGAAAAAAAAAAUUUCAUUUAAGAUUUACUUUAAUUUGAAUGAUUUAGGAUUUAGAGGUUUAGGGUUAGGGUUUAGGUUUAUAUUUUGGGAUUUUGCAUUGGGAUUCCAAAUUGAAGGUUAAGGGGUUAGGGUAAUAGAUUGAUUUGUUAUGAUUCUAUGUCAUAUCAUCAUAUUAGAUUGAGAGUACUAAUUAAAGUUCAAAAUUUGAUGUAUUAUGAACACUUUUAAAGAUGAGUGCAUUGAGUGCACCCAAUAAAGUGAGUGCACCGAAGUAGCCACCAUAUAUAUAUAUAUAUAAUUAUGGUAAUUAAUGACUUAUAUAUACUCCAGAAGUAUAACAUAUUCCAUAUGAUAUGAUUUUUAGAUUUUUUUUUCCUGGCCAAUCUCAACGGUCCAUUAAUAUUUUCCAUUAAAUUGAACUUCGGAUUUGAUUUAGAGAAUUGGGGUUUGGGUCCAUUAGAGGUUAGGGUAUAAGUAUCAUACUUCAAACUCAAUUUAAUUCAUGGUCUAGAUAGAGAAGGUCAGGCUAACGUACGUCAGGCAUACAUUGUACGACUGUCGAGUUUCACUAUUUAGCGCACGAAUCAACCGAAGUUUGGGGCAUAAUACUAUACCCUAACCUCUAAUCGGUGAAACCCAAUCCCUAAUUCUCCAAUCCAAGCCACAAGAUUCAUUUAAUCUAAGAAAAUAAUAACCUACGAUUCCAAUUCAGCGAAAUAUAUUCAAGUACAAAAACCAAGUGUGAACACAAGCGUACAGCGUACGCCUCAUAUAUAUACAUAUGAUGACGUCUUCGGUGCACUCACUUUUUUUUGUGCAUUCAGUGCACUUGCUUCAUAACAGUCACUUUAAACAUGCGAUUUAUGUCAAAAUGAUGUCAAUCAUCACUUAUGAUGUGAUGAAGAAUAACGCACAUGAAUUUGCACAAAAACCAUUGAAGAUUUACUUUAAUUUGAAAGAUUUAGAGUUUAGAGAUUUAGGGUUAGGGUUUACAAUUUGGGGUUUACGGAUAGAACUCAAAAUUGGAGGUCUAGAGCUUAGGGUAAUCCGCUAAUUAGUUGUUAUCAUAUGUUCUAUCAUCAUAUUACACUAAUUCUACAAAUUCAAAAUCCGACACCUUAAGACUAGUUUUGAGUUGGGUGCAUUGAACGCACUCAUUUUUGUGAAUGCACUGAAGUAGUCACUAUAUAUAUAUGAAAAGGAUUACCGAUCAUUAUUCAUUACACCACCACCAUUGAUCGUCAUUACAAGCUCGAGAGAAGAAGAAGAAAAAUAAUACCACUACUACAAAUACUGUAUCGCUAGCUAUAAUGACAAGGAUGCAGCUGCAGGAGAGGAUCCACAAAGCGAUCCUGACUGCGGCGUUCGUUCUGCAGCUGCACGCAGCUGUGAUGGAAGACCGUGUCGUUACGGCGGGAUACUACGACGCGACGGUAAUUGUGAGCAACAAGCUGAGCAGCGAAAUGGCAGUGAUAGUUCACUGCAGAUCCAAGCAACAUGAUCUUGGGGCUCGUGCCGUCGGCGCAGGAGCUAGCUACAGCUUCACUUUCGGCAAGAACUUGUUUGGCGGGACUCUCUUUUGGUGCAGAGCGGCGUUCCAAGACCGGCGUCUCGCUUUCUUGGCCUUCAAGCAAGACGACGAAGGCAAUGUCUACGUCAUCGACUUCGAGGUAUCCGACGAUGGAGUCGAUAGGGUGAACGGCGAGGAGCGAGUUCAUAUUACUGGCUGGAACAGGAAGUGAUGUUGCAGAGCGCGAUCGACAGCCUCGUCCCGACUUUCAUCACGCGGCUCUUUAUUAUCGUAUAGGGUGUCAAGAAUCAGUUGAUAGCGAAAUAUACAAAAGAAAUUGUGCUAAUAACAUGUCCAACUUUCAUCAGAGCAUUAGUUUUGUACCUCCGAGUUCCAUGACCCAGCCAGGUUUCUUAUCAAAUAAACAUCAAGCGGCUCUUUAUUAUCGUAUAGGGCAGAAAAUGACGAAAUAUUAUGGAAACAGUUUUGAAGUACCAACUUUAGAAGCUUACUCGUUAUGUUUGGGAGCGGGUCGAGUGGAGCUAGGAAUUGGAGAUGAAAGUAAAGGUCUUACUUAGCAUCAUGAAGGAGCUGGUUGAGGUCGUCGACUAAGCUUGGAAAGGCCUUAAACGAGCAACCUGAAGAUAAUAUGGAGACUGUUUAUUUUACUUGCAGGACUGUUUAGUGUUCUUUUUCCUUAUUAGUGUUGAGGAUGUUUUCCAUUCCUACUUAGCAUAGAUUUACAGUUCCUUUUGUCUAUUUAAAGGAUUAAAAAUCGGGUUGUAAGGAUCAUCUUUUAUCAAUUGAAUUUAACCUUUGGGUUCAUUGAGUUCUUUGCUCGUACAUUCGUGCUUCUGUUGGCGGACUCCAAUCACCGAGUGGUCUCUGUAUCAAUGAAUUUUUUUUCCUCGAUUGUGGUCGAGCUGCUACCCAUAUUGAUCGAUCAUUUCACCAGGUGUGGAAUUUGCACCUUCAAUCCCACCGUAUCUCAAAGCCAAAACUCUGUUUUGGUAUAUUCUAUUGAUCCGAGUUGAAGAUUGAUCUUGUGUCAAUCGAUCUUGUCAGGAUCAUGUGCAAAGACCUCGAGCUAGAGGUCAUAUCAAAAUAUACGCACACAUAUUAUAACUGUAUCAAUGGAUUUUUUCCCUCAAUUGUGGUCGAGCUGCUACCCAUAUUGAUCGAUCAUUUCACUAGAUGUGGAAUUGCACCUUCAAUCCCACCGUAUCUCAAAGCCAAAACUCUGUUUUGAUAUAUAUUCUUGAUCCGAGUUGAAGAUCGAUCUUGUAUCAAUCGAUCUUGUGAUCGAUCAAGUCCAAAGACCUCGAGCUAGAGGUCAUAUCAAAAUAUACGCACACAUAUUAUAACUUGGCAAAUAAUUAAUGACGAGUGUGUCCUCGCUCCACUGUUCAAUUCUGAUACUGAAACCGACACUUACCAAAACCCAAUUCAGAACCCACAAACUAAACACAAAUACAGUUCGUUACAUUGAUUGCCUUAACAAAGUUUAUUACAUAAG